GACCAACACCAGGUGAUCACUAUUAUGAAACACCAGUAAUCAGUUUUUUUUGUUAAUACCUCAUAACAAGAAAUCUGCUAUUUAAAUUCUGUAAAGCCUGUACAUAAAACUUCUGUUAAUUUUUUUCUGUAGUAAGCUCAGUGUUUGAGCAUUUAGAAGGUUUAAACGUUGUAAACCAGUGUGAUUUGAGAAACGAAAUAAGCCCAACAUUACAAACACAGAUAUAUAGCACAAGGUAAACCCAUUUUGAAAUGGAAGAGCAAAAACACACAAUUAGGUAAUGUCAGCGGUUGUGAACGUAUAUAGCCCCACCACCUCACCCGUCUGUUCACAGCUGCGUGAUACCCGGAUAAAACAGACGCCCCCGUGCCAAAUACGCACGUAAGCUUCUUAAAUAUAAUGAAAGUGGCCGCAUAGUCUAUGAAACAGAUGGUUUCUUCCUUGAUUAAGUUUCUCUCAAUGAUGAGAUGAGGAAGCUGCUAAAUCAGAGGGAUUGUGCUGUAAUCACAGAUCAACAGUGUGUCAUACAAACCACCACUAUAGCAUGAUCCCACUGACCGGGGUGGACAUACGCUUUAUAUCUAAACAUUUUGUUCUUUUUUUUGUAUGUAAAUCAUGUGUGCGUACUUGGAUUACUACUUCACUUCCGUCGUCAUAUCGUCUCAAGUCUCCACCCGCGGUUCACACACACACACAAACGCACACACGCACACACAGACGCCAGACACGAGAGCACACAACCACACGCACACACACGAAGAACUUCUAAGACCACCUGCUGGGCUGCGCCCCGUCAUGUAGUGUAUGGAGUGAUAACAGGAUGUCACACAACUUGAACGCGGUGGUACUAUUAUUAACUCCAUCCAUCGGACCAGAGGAGGUAUGUGUUGGAAGUGAUUUGUAUCCUAGUUGACGCAUGCUGAUGGCUAAACAAAUAUCCGCUGGAGCCAAGAAAGGACUUCUAACUGAUGCACAAUGAAGCUUGACUCCAGGUUAACGGAGCUGUUCAGUGGGGUCCUGCUGGCUCUCUGUCUGCUGAGCCUCUGUGGAGAGGCAGUGUCCAGUGGCAACCAGGGCCUACGGGGACCCACCGGGCGGGCAGAGGGGAGGACGAGGAUGGAGCAGAGGACAGGGACCUGUGAAGUGGUGGCGGCCCACCGCUGCUGCAACCGGAGACAGAUAGAGGAGCGCUCUCAGACGGUCAAGUGCUCCUGCUUCCCGGGACAAGUGGCCGGCACCACCAGAGCCUCGCCCUCUUGUGUUGAAGCCUCCAUCGUGCAGCAGAAGUGGUGGUGUAGGAUGGAGCCGUGUCUGGCGGAUGAGGAGUGUCGGGUUCUCCCCGACCUCACCGGCUGGUCCUGCAUCUCCGGGAAUAAAGUGAAGACCACCAAGGUGGCACGGUAGGGAGACGGGUCUCAGGUUCUA